CUUCCUCUACACUGUAUCUAUCAUCAACUGUACUCGGGGAUGAUUCAGCAACGGUUAGAUACAGAGUAAAGUUCCUGCUACAUAUGACCCGACAAUUAUUCCUGGAAGAGGUACAUUGUGUAAUAUGCACAUCGUGGCAAUGUUGUAAAACAUGUGAUGUCUGAUCCCCGUGUGACACUGCUAUCGGAAGAUCUGUGGUGCGUCGGAGUAAGACUUUCGUUGCUCGUUCAUUUAGAGCCAGUUUGGAAGUGGAGCUCUUGCAUUUACUAAUCGCUGUUCAUUUUGUCCAACAGGUUUGUUGCAGCCAUGGCAAGCAGCAGCAUGACGUUCAUCUUGCUCCCCUUCCUGUGUCUCAUCGCCAAAGCUCAGAACUCAAGUAAUCUGAACUGCCUUGUUGACUUCGAAGAAACAAUGGAUUGCACUUGGAAAGACACAAGCAACAACAGCCAUGUUAGUCUGCAAGUCUAUUGGUAAGCAAUUUCCACUGACUAUGGGGGAAUCCAUAUACCUAGUUCCAGUAUUGCGAAACAGAAUGUCAUCUCAGAGCCCCGACUAUGUUCAUUGUGAAUUGAAUUUUAAAUUACAUUUUGCGUCCUGUUGCAAAUAUUCAGUUUUGAAAAGCUGACAGCUGGUGGUUUUACACACUUGGCGGGUAAAAUUAACUCUGUGAAAACGGACGGUUUGGGUGUGUUUGAUGGAAUGUGCAAAAAGAGAGGUUUUAACUCUAAAUUUAAUCUAUGCCUUCUUUGCCUCGGGAAUAAUUGAAGGACCUUUGUAUUGGGAGAUUUAUUCUUAAACUGACUUGUGUUGGAACACCUCUGUGAAUGUUUGUCUACAGCAAGGGUUCCCAACCUGGGGUGAAUUACCAGCUUGCCCAGGGGGUAAAUUUGUUGAUUCUGGGAUUUGUACAUCUUUUUUCUCAUUGACUGACUGUGUUUGGUUCUGGUAUCUGUUCAUCUUUAGUUGUUCAUGAAUAAGUGAAAUGACAUUGUUAUGUGCUAUUAAAGUUGCCGGGGGUAAACGGGAUGAAAUAGGUUGGGAACCCCUGGUCCAGAGGGAGUUUUACUCUGUAUUGUAGUUAAAGUGCUAUAACUCACUAUAAGAAGGUAACUCUAGACUCAUCUCUCUGCACCAAACCCAUGCUGAACCUGCCCUACCUGUGUUGCCACUGCACUCCACAUGUACCACAUGCUGUGUGUGUGCCCUGGUAAAGCUUAAUGGGGCGGUUUAGAGGGACCUUUAUUCUUUAGUUAACCCUGUGAUCUGGGUUCAUUUUGCAGUUCCCCUCCACAGUGAGCUCUUGAGUUCAAUCUUGUUACUGAACCCUCUUCCUCGCCAUCAAAUAUUAAUGCAGAGCCUGCAGGCUACGUCAGUUUAUUAGAUCAUAACAUCAUAAGUGAUAGGAGCAGAAUUAGGCCAAUUGGCCCAUCAAGUCUACUUUGCCAUUCAAUCAUGGCUGAUCUAUCUCUCCCCCCUAACCCCAUCCUCCUGCCUACACCCCAUAACCUCUGACCCCCAUACUGAUGAAGAAUCUAUAUAUCUCUGCCUUAAAAAUAUCCACUGACUUGGUCUCCACAGCCUUCUGUGGCAAACAAUUCCACAGGUCCACCACCCUGGGAUGAGUCUGACCCCUUGCUGCAUGGGGGCUUGGUGACUCUGCCCAACACCAUUUUAUCAUUGUUGUUGAGUGGACAUCAGAAGGAAAAGGAGGGCAGUCUGGAGUCCCACCUCAGCCAAGACCGGUAAAGACUGAAGGGGCCUGACAGAGGGGCCAUAAAAAAAUCAAGAGCCACACAAUAUGACGGUACAGUGGCACUGGGGUAGGUCUACUGCCUUACAGUGCCAGAGACCCAGGUUCAAUCCUGACUGUGGGAGUUUGUGCAUUCUCCCCAUGACCUGCGUGGGUUGUCUCCCGAGAUCUUUGGUUUUCUCCCACACUCCAAAGACGUGCAGGUUUAUAGAUUAAUUGGCUUGGUAUAAAUGUAAAGAACUGUUCGUAGUGUGUGUGUGUUGGAUAGUGUUAGUGUGUGGGGAUUGCUGGUCGAUGCGGACUCGGUGGGCCGAAGGGCCCGUUUCCGCACUCUAUCUCUAACUAGACUAAACAUUAAGGGGUGGACAGCCCUAAAUAGCUCUCGUCCAUAUUGUGUAAACUAAUUAUCUUCCUUUUCCUAAAAGGAAAAACGAUGUCUGGCAGAACUGCACGCUGACGAGGCUGUCGCCUACAGUGGAGGGGGCAGAUUAUUAUACUUACUUUUGUACAAUGAGGUUACACACUUCAUUAUUUCACAAAUUCACUCUAAUUCUUAAAUCAAGCAGCCAGGCUAAAGAUGUUACUGUCAAUAACUACAGACCUUGUUAUAACAUCCAGCUGAAAGCCCCUCUCCACCUGUCCGUGACGAACAAUCCCACCGCACAGAAUGUUAAUAUCACGUGGCAGUUUAAAUCGCGCUAUCUGAACCAGAUGGUGCAAUAUGAACUGGAGUACUGGAGCAAAGAGACGAAAGAGGAUGUGAAGAUGGAAAGUCGGCUGAAUGAUAUCCGACAUCUGGCCAUUAGGAAAAUUGAUUUGGAGCCAGACUCCCACUAUAGAGGACGUGUCCGUGUAAGACCUGUACAGACUCCUUUUGCUCGGGGUCCAUGGAGCAAGUGGAGUGCAGAAAUAACAUGGAGUACAGGUCCUGGUCCAAACAGUGCAUCAACAAAAAACAACCUGCUGUGUGUGUUGUUUGCACCUCUCCUCUUGGCCGCCAUCAUUUUCAUAUCACUCUAUUUCAAGCUUCCAUCGCGUGUUGUAGGUAAAGUGUGGAUUCAUAUUCCAAACCCGGCCUCCUAUUUCCAGCCUCUCUACAGCCAGCACAAUGGAAACUUCAAGGAAUGGAUCCACAAAAACCAUGCAAGCGUUCAACGUAGCAAUUCUGGGGGGUCAUGCCAAGAGCUGAAGAAGGUGCCUGAGGGCAGAGGUGUCACAGUCAUCCUGAAUCCUUGGGAUGAAGCUGUUUCUAACAUCUCUUACCUGAAGCCCAUCCCAAUCAACCAAACCUCGACCUUCGACUUGGACACCAAAGGUAGCCUUCAGACUGAGAUCCGCAACCCCAUCCAGCACCUUCAAGAGUACUUCAAUAAUCAUUCCGUGCUGCUCCCUCUCAUGCCCCAGGAUGAGCAGGGCAUGUGUGAGAACUGGGCGGUGAUUCACGAUCCAUCCCAUGGCACCUUCCUGGGCACUGUGCCACUGGAGGAGGAUGGAGGGUACAGCUACAGUGAAGAGUACUGUACCCUUGCCCAUCCCGACACUAGCCAGGGCCUGGUCCCUGCAAAGGUUGACCUCCUGCUCAAAGUGGCCAACGAGUGCCGGGGAGAGAAAAGGGAAGUGGCCGAGGACUUGCCCAUGGCCAAUGAUCCGUAUCUGACCUGCCCGGCUGUAACCGAGAAAUCGGAGCUUCCGCCGGGAGACUGUGCCAGCGAGAGACCGUGUGUGACCACUCCUCUGGGUCAGUCGCCAGCUGAACCCUCAGAGCCACCAGCAAACAAUAAAGAGCCCCCCCUCACACCCGCCACCCCUGACAACUCUGCUGCACCUUCUGCCUUCCUGUCUGAGGCUCUGAUGUGACUGCCACGACUGCACAGUUUGCAAUGUCCUGAGUGGGGUUCGAAUGGUGAUUCCCAGCAUCUAUGAAGGAUGGGCACCUAGUUUAAUUAUUGACUGAAAGAAGGACAUAUUCCAGCGGUUGGGAAGCUACAGGAGAGCAUUUGUUUGUUGAGCAAUUAUUUGGCAGCUUGUGCAAAUAGCUCAGUAAAGCAAGAUCGCUAUUGUUGGUUAAUAGUGAGAUUAAAGUACACAGUGCUGGUGUUAAAGUACUGGCGAUUUGUUGAUGGAUACAAAACAGAGGAGUAAGAACCAACAGGAUAUUUUGAGCUGGGAGACAGCGUUCCAGAAGGUGGCUCGGAGAUUGGCCCUGAUGCCUUGACUGUUCACGUCCUAUUUCAAGGAUUUGGGUUUGUGGUAUACUAUAACCAAAUGUUUUUGCUAAUACAAAAUUGGAUGGCAGUGUGUGCUGCGAGGAUCCAGAGGAGUUUCAGGGGAUACAGAUAGUUUGGAUGCAUGGGCAAAGAUAAGGUGGAUGACAUUUAAAAAGGAGAGUGAUAUAGAAACAAGGAACUGCAGAUGCUGGUUUACAAACAAAAGAAGCAAAGUGCUGGAGUAAUUCAGCGGGCCAGCAGCAUUCCUGGAGUACAUGGUGUACAUGACAGGUCAAAUCCUUCUUCAGACUGAAGGAAAAUGGUAUGCUGGCUGGUUUUUACAACAAGGGGAUUUGAGUAUAAGAGAAGAGACAUUUUUCUCCCGCUAUAUGGUUCCCUGGUGAGGCCAUAUCUGGAAUUGUGGGUACAGGUGUGAACUCCUGAACUAGGGAGGGUGAUAGAGGCACCGCUAGGAAUCUGAGAGGUACAUGGUGGGUAUAUGGAACAAGCUGCCAGAGGAGGUAGUUGAGGCAGGUACUAUCAGGUGUAAAGCCAAGUGUGGGCAGGUGAGACCAGUGUGGAUGGGGCAUGUUGGUUGGCGUUGGCGUGGGCUGAGCUGUAUGACUGUGAUUCUAUGAGAGAGUGCAGUGAAGGCUUCGCCACUGUGCCGCCCAUUCACUGAGCAUAUUCCAGCAGAAUUUUGUUUUUGUUUUUUUUGCUAUAAGGUAUUUUAGGGUUAUAGGAUUAGUGCAGUGUUGUUGAGGUAACAUGGUAGCUCUGGUCAUAUUGAGUGGGGUGGUAGGGUGAGGGAAAGAAUAUCUGUAAAUAGAAUGAGUUGCUGGUGUUUGCAAGAUGCUCGUCUUGCUUUGACCUUUGUUUAUAUAAAAUGUUGACUGCUGUUAAUUGUGCAUCUCAUGUGUACCAUUGAAGACAUUAAAAUAGUAACUU